AUGAUUGUAUCUUCAACUCCUCUCGUAUCUCCAGGUGUUGAUUACGGUUUCACAUAUUUCUUCUUUUCGUCUGUUUUCUUUUUAUUUUCCUUCAUUCAUUCAUUCUUUCUUCGUUCUAAUUAUCAUUCUUCCUUCUUGGUUUCCCUUUAUAAUUCUUUCUCUUUUCAUUCUUUUUUUUUUACUUCCUUCUUUCCGUUUCGUCGUUACUCCCCACCUUUCAUCUUUCUUCUACCUUUUUUUUCAUACCUUUAUUUUAAAUUUGGCUUUUCUUUCUUUAUUCAGCCCCAUUUUCCUUUUCUUCGUUCUUUAUCUGCAUAUAUCAUUCUUUCCACUUCGGGUUUUAUCUUCUUUAUAAUUUUUUCUCUUUCUUUAACUUCUUUCUCACUUCACUUAUUUCUUCUCUUCUUUCUCCGUUUAUUUUUUCUUUUACCUUCAUUCCUUAUUCCUUCAGAUACGUCCUUUGCUUUAUUAUUCCUAUCAAUUUAUUAUUCUUUCCAAUUUCUUUUUAUUUUUCUCCUUCCAUUCUUUCCUUACCUCCUUUAA